AUUAGAUAGAACAACAGUGAUUACUUUUGUUGUUCCUGCUGUAUUCAGACUAUGCGAUGGUAAAUGUUUCAAAAACUCCAUUCGGGGGUUAUGCGAUCGUAUUGGGAGGCGGGCCUGGGAAUUAUACGGGAUAUGGUCACACGGGAUGGCGAGAAGGAAGUUCUCCAUUGUCUUACUUUCCUCAAUAUCGCGAAAGAACAAGUUCAGCCACAAAAAGAAGAAAUACAUACUAUGCUAGACAGCUACAAACAACAAACUUGUCUGCCGAAUAUCGAAGAUUACCGACUGUUUCAAAUAUUCCUUAUAUAGCUCAUGCUCAAGUACAUCAGGGUCAACUUCGUUCAAGACGAACGCAACUAUAUAAUUUUCCGAAUCUUGCCGACACUCCUUCGCCCGCUACAACGUUAUCACCGUCUAGUGAGCAUACGAAGAAAGACAGCAAAACUUCAGUAUCGCGGAAAAUAUCACCGCAUGUUGUCAAAAGGCGAAUUCCUCAAAAACCCUUUGUUUUGCCAGAGAUAGCCAAAAGAACCGCUGGAAAAAGUACCUUAGAUACAGCAAGUCAUCCGGGUUUUGCAAAGGGAUUCGCCGCAUCCAGAGCCGACAGUGGAUCACUAGUGAAUACACUGCGCGGUAAUAAACAAACAUUGCACUGUACAGAAGAAUCAGAUGGCAAAGUUGGAUCUGUACCGGAUAUUGAUAGAAUAUUACUGGUUCCGCAUGGUUUGGAAGAAUAUAAUUAUACAACUCUUGAAAACUUAAAAAAGAAAAGAUUACAAGAUACUUAUUUUGGAAUAAUGGAAAAUCAUAAAAAGAACAGAAUGCAAAUAGUAAAGCGAAAAAUACAGUUGGCCGACCAGAUCAAACGAAGAAAUCUUUAUGCCGAUCAUGCAACCUCCACAAUACUAGGACUUCGUCAUCACGAGCCGAUUCGGAUUCCAACUGCAACCAUGGAUGAUGCCGACUAUUUUAUAGAUCACAGUGAUAAACCGAAAACGUUGAAAGCAGUCGAACAAGCAAGAAAAAACAUAUCAGAAUCUUAUCUAAACGUAUGGAAUUCAAAAAGACAAUAUUGAAGUAACCAUAAUACUGUAACAGUGCUUUGGGCUGCAAGUUCACUACUCCAAUAUUAAACCAUGCGCAGUAUCUGAGAGAAGACGAACUUUACACAUAUAAAGCCACGUAAA